UGUCAAUUGUGUUGUAUUUCUAAAAGUCAUUCGACAUUUCAAUAAUUUAAUCGGUAGUAAAAGUAUUUGUUGUAGAAAAGUUUGUAUUAUUGCAUUUAAAAUAUUUCAAGAAUAUGUUUAAUUCUACCCAUUCGGCGCCUCCACCGUUUUGGAGUAACGGUCCGGCCCCCGGGGCUUUCUAUAACUUCCCAGGAACAGUAGCACCUGUAACUAAUCCAAUAACUCAUACUCAGUCUCCAGUAACGACUUCAACUUCAAUUGUGUCUAUAACCUACGAUAAGGGGGUACUAAUUGCCGGAGACUUGCUGGCCUCCUACGGGUCAUUAGCCAGAUAUAAAAAUUGCCCCAGGGUGAUCGAAAUUAACCCGAACAUCAUCAUGGGUGCUGGAGGAGAUUACGCUGAUUUUCAAUACGUAAAAAGCUUCAUUGAGCAGAAAAUAAUCGAUGAGGACUGCUUAGAUGAUGGUUUGAAAAUGAAACCAAAAUCUCUUUAUUGCUGGCUGACUAGAAUUAUGUACCAACGAAGGAGUAAACUCGACCCCUUCUGGAACAACCUAGUAGUAGGAGGGAUACAGGAUGGUGUACCUUUCCUGGGAACAGUCGAUAAACUCGGCACUGCUUACACAGAUAAAGUGAUCUGUACUGGGUAUGGUGCUCAUAUUGCCCUUCCCGUCUUGAGAGAUGCCCUCGACAAGAAACCGAACUUGAAUCUAAAUGAAGCUAAGCAACUCAUUAAAAAGUGCAUGGAAGUUUUGUUCUACAGAGACGCUAGAAGUUACCCGAAAUAUCAGUUGGGAAUGAUAGAUGUGGAUGAAGGUGUUAAGAUCGAGGGACCAAUUUCAGUCGAGGAAAAUUGGAACAUUGCUUAUAUGACAUAAGUUUUUUUGUAUUAUGAUAUCAUUAUAACUUUUCUAAAUAACUGAAAUGAAUAAAUAAAAGUUCACU